AUGGCCGACGCCCGCUCUCUCCUCCGGCAGCAGCGCGCCGCCCGGCGCAUCGAGCACCCUCACGCCGCCUACUCAGACGCCGGCAAGCUUCUCUGCACGACAUGUCAUGAGCAUGUCAAGGCAGACUCGCUAUGGGAUGCACACAUCCGAAGUCCCGGCCACCGCCAGCGCGUGCAAGCCUCCAAGACAAGUGGAGCGAAGCCCACCGAGACGCUCACCGACGAGCAGCUCCUCGCGCAAGCGCUGGGUCAGAAGCGGAAACAUCCCGUAGACGAGGAUGGAGAUGAUGAGAUGCUGGACGAUGGCCAGGAAGAGGCCAUCCGGAAGAAGCGGAGCAGGCAGGAUAUAGCCUCAACAGCCAGCACCGGGCACCCGUCUCCCGAAGGCAAUGGCGCAAGGAUCGACUCGGAUGCAGAGUCGGGAAAGACCUUGGCCGCCCAGUCUUCCAAACUUACACCUCCCGGACUCACUCGCCGGGUGUCUGGAACUCCGGUGCACGGAGUCGAAAUGCAGAUCCCAUCUCGGCCUGCGACACCAAAUGCCCCCAGCGGCGCGGCGACUUCCGCGACCUCAACACCUAAAGUCACUCCAGUCGGGAGAAGUCCCCUGAUACCACAAGAUCAUCAUAACCAGUCUACUUCUAUAACAGCAGGAGAGAGCACGCGGCCGCCGACAAGACUGGCAACCACGGCUGGGGCAGACGAGGACGAUGAUUGGGCUGCGUUCGAGGCGGAGGUUGUCAACACUGCCCCUGCCGGGGCCACGGCAUCUGCCUACUCGGCCGAUGCGGUCAUCUCUGCUGCACCCAUGACAGCUGACGAGAUUGCACAGAGGUCACAAGAGGAGGAGCGUGCCAAACGGCGAGCGGCCGCUGAUAUUGAAAUCGAAGACGAGAAGGAAGAAGCUUCACGUGCUCUUGAAACAGAGUUCGAGGAGAUGGAGGAGCUCGAGGCCCGGGUCAAACGACUCAAGGAGAAGCGUGAAGCACUUAGAUCCCAAGGCAGCGGCAGUAUAACAGCUGUCAGCACAGCUUCUGCGCCAGCCAAGCAAAUAGAAGGCAAAGAAAACGGAGCUGGGGCUCUAGAGGAUGAAGACGACGAUGAGGAGGAGGAGGAGGACGAUGAGGAUGAUGACUGGAACAGCUUCAGGUUUCGGGCUUGA